AUGUCGCGUAUACCACCAAAUCGAAACCGUUAUGAGCGCUUGCCGCACCCAGCGAAGGUUGUGCGCCUGGGGCAAUCAGCGGAGGAUGAUGCUGAUGCAACAGCACUGGACUUUUAUGAGAAUUGGAACAAGGGAUGGCGUGUCCAAUAUAAAAAUCCGGCAUUGGCCAGCCUGGGUAUAGGGAUUGAAUUUGCACCAUUGAGUGUAAGCCAACGAAUGAUGGGAACGCAGUCUUCCCAGUCUUCCCAAUCGACACGAUCGGCGUCAACUCAACUUGACCGCAAUAUAAACGACACUGUUAUAGAUGGAGAUGGGAAUGCUGAAAACGGCGAUACGGAAAACAACAAUGAACUAACGGGUAAUAUUUCAAGAGUUACCAUAAAUGACAUACCGCUUCCAACGUUGCUCGACUAUGUGUCAGAUUAUCAAGAAUCUGACGACGAGAAUACAAUGCAAUAUCUGGCCUAG